GAUUACAUAUAUUUUUUCUACUGUAGGCGCUAAACCUAACCAGAACCAAACACUCCCCCCAAUCACUCCCCCAGUUGCAUAUUGAAAUGCGUUUCAGUGAACGCUUGUCAGCGGGUACUUAUGGUCCCUGGAAGGACAAUUAUGUCGAGUAUGAUGCUUUGAAGUUACUUUUGAAAACAAACGAGGACUAUCCUACCUGGGAGGAAAGUGAUGAGUCGAAAUUUGUAUCUGCUUUGGACAAGAACUUGGAGAAGGUGUAUGAUUUCUACAAGAAAACCACAGAUGCCAUUGACAAGCGCGUUGGCCGUAUUGAGGAGGAAUACGAGCAGUUGAACUCUGAGGACUCGGAGAUUGACGAGCGUAUGCUGGAAGAGUUCAUUAAGCGUUUGGAUGCUGUUGCUGCCGAGGUUGUUCGCAUUGAGAAGUACACUCGUAUCAAUCUUACUGCCCUGUACAAGAUUGUGAAGAAGCAUGACAAGCUGUACACUGCAUAUUCCCUUCGUCCUCUUCUGCAGACUCGUCUUCACGCCUGUCCCAUCGACAAGGCCAACUUCAACCCUAUUUUGGCUCGCAUCUUUACUCUCCAUACUCAAGUCCGUGAUGAGUUGAACUCUCGUAAGGGCGAGACACCCGCUGUCUCCACCCGGAGUGCACAUGAGCGUACUUCGUCCAAGUCUCUGUCUACUGAAAGACACAUCACUUAUCGCUUUUGGGUCCAUGCUGAUAAUCUGAUGGAGGUUAAGACCUUCAUUCUUCGCAGAUUGCCUGUAUUGUACUAUUCGAAGAACCAACGUUUUGAAAAGGAUCGCGAUGCAGUUUCCGGUAUUUUGGAUCCUACCUCCACUUGUCUCUACUUGGACAAUCCUGGUUUUGAUCUCUACAUGCAAAACAUGGAGCGUUCCACGAAGGCUUACUCCCUCCGUCUCCAUUGGUACGGCCAAUUGACACCCAAGACAGAUAUCGUUGUCGAGCGUAUGGUUCGUGAAGGCAGCAGCUUGUCGCACACAGAGGACCGCUUCGUGAUUCGCGAGAAGAACGUUCACGAUCUUCUCCAAGGUACCUAUGAUCCUGAGAAGAAGAUUCGCAAGAUGAGAGAUGAGCCCAUGCAAAGUGGUGAAGCCGUUGAGUCAUAUAAGAAGCUGACUUCUGAUGUGCAAAAGCUUAUUGUUGAUAACCACUUGCAGCCCGUUCUUCGUUCUGUCUACACUCGCAGUGCCUUCCAAAUUCCCGGCGACAACACCGUCCGUGUCAACCUUGAUUCCGACCUGGUCUUGAUUCGCGAAGAUUGCAUUGACCAGGACAGACCUUGUCGCAACCCCGACGAAUGGCACCGUCAUGAUGUUGACGAAGCCAGCUUCCCCUACAAGAAUCUGCGGAAGGGAGAGAUUGUGCGUUUCCCUCACAGCAUUCUCGAAAUCCGUGAAAAAUUGGAACCUGGUCAAGAUGAGCCUGGCUGGGUCAAGGAGUUGCGUAACUCGUACCUUGUCACCGAGGUGGAUGGUUUCUCCAAGUAUGAGCAUGGUGUCGGUGCUUUGUUCGAGAACUAUGUCUCGUUGCUCCCUUUCUGGUUCUUCAACAUGGAGACAGACAUUCGCAAGGACCCCCAAUCCAUCUAUGAAGCUUCCUACCCCCCUAAAUCGAUUGUCGGCUCUCCUAAACCUCGUAUCAACGUAAUUAAGAACAAAUCCGAGAAGUCUAAGAUUCCUACGAUUGCCUUGAACGGACAAAACUUCCCUAAGAACACUACUGAGGAAGGGGAAUCCAGCAAGGACCGGUCCAACCCACUGUUGAGUGAUCGCUUCAACUUGAAGAGUAUUCCCUACUUGCUGAAGCCAUCGACGUAUGGUUCCAUUCAAGGCUACCGAACAUACGAGACGCCCUCCCACAUCAAGAAGCCUCUUGUUCCUCUUCGCGUAAGUGGACCUGUGCGUGUGGAAACCAAGGUCUGGCUCGCCAAUGAGCGUACUUUCCUCAAAUGGCUUCACGUUGUUGUGUUGAUGGCAUCCUUGGCCUUGGGUCUCUACAACUCUAACACGGCUUUGUUCGGUCGUGCAUUGGGUUUCAUGUACACGAUGCUUGCAGUGUGUAUUGGUUUCUAUGCUUGGAGAUUGCAUGCCAGAAGAUGCGACCUCAUUAAGACAAGAAGUCCUGAACCCAUGACCGAGUACUGGGGUCCUCUAAUUGUCGGUGCCUCUCUCAUGUUUGCCCUGUUGUUCAACAUGUCCCUCGCCUACAAGGAGGCUGUCUUCUCUGGCUUUUUGGAGCGUGAGCAUGUUCUUGUGAAGCUCUUCACCAAUCUUUAAGCUGUUUCUAAUCUGUUUUUUGGUCGUUUCAGUACGCACAUAUGGGCUCUAAUUCAUUACUACUACCACUACUACUUCAACUGAAUGCUCUUUUUUAUAAUUUUUUUUGAAAACUGUGCCUUUAAUGUUUCGACAUUUCAUAGUCUUGACAUUAACUACAAAAGAUGGUCUUUCUAGUCUUCGACACCCGACGACACUGUUGUUUGUCGAUAGCUGGGCGAGCAUCGUAAUCGUUUUGUCCGCCUGUUUUUGAUCUGCAGCUAGCAACUGUGUAAUAUCGCUGGUCUAACAGCUUGUCUCUUAUUAUUUCCGUACAGCACAUUCAGCACAUUCAGCACAUACAACACCCACCUACAGCAUGUUGGCUUGCUCGCUGCAAAGUGUCUUGCGUUUUUCAUCUCGAGACUCUCGACAUCAACCCCCCUCUUCUAAAACUCCGACCGGCUACUGAAAAUAUACACACUAAUUGCGCUUCCCCAAAAAUCGAAGCUCCGCUCGGCGUGCACUGCAGUCGCGGUUUGUACACUGCGUACUGUUCGGCAUGUUGUUCGCUAUUUCGUUAUCCUUCCUGCCUUUGUUUCCAACCUCUUCGCUAAUUGACUUUUCUUUAUCAUGUAAUGUACCUUAGUCCUCAGACGAUCUCUGUCUUAGUAAUGCAGUAUUUUAAU